GACCAGGCCUUAGUACAUUUAUAGUAGUAAUAUUACAUCUGCUCUGGGGGAGUUGUACCACUUUAACUACUCUGGUAUAGUAGUAGUAACAACAAUAGUAAAACAACUUUUGUGUGUAGAGAAGAUCUUAGUCUCAUUAAGGGAACUGCAUUCAGCUAACUUUAAGCUGGAUUCUUGCGCCUCAUGGUGACGACAAGCAGGGAAGUUUGAAGUCUAUUUGUGAUGCCAAUCUUUGAUGCUUUCUGUUGUAAAGACAGAAGGAUCUCCAUCCUUUAAGAAGUUGUUGUGAUGUUUGGGUGCUUGGGAUGGGUGCCAAUAUAAAUUUCUAAAUAAAGCAGAUUUAACUUAUAAUGUUCUCUUUAUCCUGUAGGAUAUUAAAAGAACCUAUGGAGUGAACAACUGAAUCCAUGUGCAAAAAACAGAAAAUAAUUAUUUGAGCAGCUUUAAAUUGGAGCAUUUUUGUCAUGAAACAUUUGCAUAAUACUUCAAGCUGCAAGAUAUUUGAAUUAAAAUUAGGAAUUUUAUAAAGAUAUAGUUUCAAACGGGAAUGAUUUGAUAAUCGGAUAAGGACCAGCACACCAUGAACGCUAAAAACAUCUAUACAGAAUUUACAAAAACGAAUCAAACACUGGGAAAAAAUAUCAAGUGCAAUUACUGGCUGCUUUGUGAACUAUUAUCUACCAAAUGGUUUUAUUAUAAUACCAUGUCCUUUGUGUCUCCAUAUUGCAUGCUUUCAACAAAGGUGGUUUGUAUUUCACCGAAGAACUACAGAAGCUCCUUUUUAAAAUAUAUAUAUAAAAGUUAAAUGCUGACAAUAAAUGCCAUAGUAAAUAUCUGAAGGGGGAAAAACUGUACAAAAUUGGAAAUAGAGAUUUAAAAACACACUGGUAAAAUUCAUACUAAAUUGUUAGAGUCUGAAACCACAGAGAUAGGAAAAGAGAGGAAAUCACUGUUUAGAGAAAGCAACCAAAUAGGUGAACUGGGGUUCUCAGAAGUUAGUGGUUGACCCUGAAACAUGGAGAGGUAAACAUGCAGCAAGAGAAGGAGCUAGAAUCAUUGGAUAAAGUAAAACUGUGGGGAGAGUAGGAGUUGCAUCAGAGAAUCAAAUCUUUGACUGCCACUUGAAAAUUAAAGCAAUCACUUAGAAGGAUUUCAUUGGAAGAAUGAAUGAUCUUGAGAUGAAAUGGCAGCUCAGGAAAGCACAUGUGACUGCAGGGCAGACAGUACACCACAGUCAAUUAUGUCUUAAAGCAUGAAGAGGAGAUUGACCUAAAAUUUCAACAUAGAAAAGGAAUAACCAAGUAGAGGAACAUGAAGGUAAAAUAAAUAUCUGAAAGGGAAUAAAAAGAGAAACACAAUAGGCUCCUGGGGGAAAUAAAGGGAAAGCAUAAUUACAUUAACCACAAAGAAGUAAACAUGACACUACCCCAACCAAUAGAGUUAGAUAAACAUAAAUGCUAACAUUGACCAUUUGAACUAGUAGGCAAAAUGAAAUUACAGAUUAAAAAUAAUCAGAUAUGGGAAAAGUUGUUAAAGGUGGAUAGUGAUUAGAACGUCAACAGAGAUCCUAUCGUCAAAGGAAGGAAAAUAAAUUAUAAUGCAUUAUAUCAGAUCUGGAAAGACAAUUUCAAGAAAUAGAGGUAGUUCUCAUAGUUUCUAGCACUUGAGAGGCAGGAUGAAAAUGAUAAUGACAAAAAAAAACUGAUGGAAAGGUAUAUGAUGGGAGCUGAAUACUAGAUGUGAAAGAGGACUAGAAGUCUCAGAGUAGGAGGAUCCACCUAGAUAUUGGUUGGACUAUGAAAUAAGAUGAACAUAGACUUCAAAUAAAGAUAUCAGUCAGGAUUAGCUGCUGAAGAAAUUUGAGACUCCAAGAGGCUUAUUAUGCAAGAAAAUUUGGUUUAUGUGAGUAGCUAAACAGAAGGAAGAUGAUUUGUUCUAAUGACACAAAGCACAAUUGAAUUUAUAUACAAUCAAGCAAGUCAAAGGCAUGAUCCAAUAGGCUGGAAAAUUCUGACCCCCCUACAGUGUGCAUGAAUCAAAUAGAAAAUGGAGUGUUUAGCGAAGGUGUCUUUUUAAACGAUAGAGAAAUUUCCUAUCUAAUUAAAGACUUCAGCAGUGCAGUGAUGGAACUUGGAACGAAGACGUCUUCAUUGCAAAAAGCUGUUUAGGCAUUAAAAAGGAAGGAUGUAACUUGACGCUGUUGAAGAAAGCCAAUACCCAAAGCAGGUGAUGGGGGGGAAAAGCAAGGAGAGUACAGUUGAAAAGUGCAUUUCACAUAGAAAAGAAACAGAAACUCUGCUUGUUUAUCACCACUUUGGAAAUAAAACUAAAAGCACAAGAACAAAACUGUCACUCAGCAUUUGAUUCAGCAGUAAAUGCUCUGGAAGGACAGGAGAUGGUCUCAUUGCAAAGCAGCAAAAGUAUGGAACAGAGGAGACUUUUUAAAGUUAUGAGAUGUCUGUAUGUCAGAAGACUUUAGCCAGUAUUUCUCUGGUUGAGUGUGAGUCACUUUAUCUUUGUUGUAACAUUUUGUGUUCAGAAAAUACUUUGGAACAUAACUCUAUAAAAGACCAAAGCAGAAAUACAUUUUCACCCUGCCCACUUUUAACUAUCAAUUAAAGACUCUGAAUGUUUCUCAUAAAUAUUCAUAAUUUGCCUUUUGAACCAGUAAACGCCUCUUCUGCUUACUCUCUAUUUUUCUGCAUUCAAACAAUCCAAAGAAUGACACAGUUGUGCUAGAAGCAGAAGAACUAUUGUAAACCCAUAAAAGUACUUCAUAUUGUUAUCUUCCUCUGUGUUUACCAGGAAAUUACGUCCACUUCAGUCCCAGGUGUGAUGCAUAACUCCUCCAUGAAUUUGACUCAUAAUGUCUUGUAUGGAGUUCUCUUUUGCUGUAAACUGAGACUCCCUUCAUACAUUUUGAAUGACUUUUGGGCUAAUGAAAUGUAUGUGGUUCUCUCAUGAAUAAUAAACGUGUUCAGUAUCGAUAAAAGGCAUUCAUCUGAGCACCACAGAAGCUAAGGCGAGCACUUAAACAUCUUCUGAAAAAAGAAAACAUUCAGAUUGCGUUACAAGUGGUGAACCUUAAACUUAAACAAUAUAUUUUUUUAUCAUGGAGCCUUCAUCUGAAAGAGGACAAGAAUUUUGUUAUUGUAUUAGAGCACCCAGUAAUGAAGGAUUUGAUGUUCUGAAUCUUAAUGUUAAAAUUGAUACUUCCUGGAUUUUCCAGGAUUUAGAAGAUGUAGAGCAUGGAAGUGCAAGGGAGUCUGAAGGGGCAGUAAACACUGCUGAAGUGGAGACCUUGAAUCUCAGAAUAAAACAGCUGGAAAAGUCAGAGCAAAAACUGAAAGACAUUUUAGAGGACUACACAAAGUCUAAUUCUGCACAAGGAAACAGCGCAAAGGAGCUGGAACUGUCACAGAAGAAACUUUUCGAAACAGUUGACCAACUGAAUGCAAAGCUACAGCAGGUAGAAAAUGCAAACCUACGUGUUACAGGGAAGCUCCGAAACCUUCAGGUGGAACUGACAGAUUUGGUUCAAAAACAAGAAAAGGCAGAAAGAAAACAAAAAGAAAAGCUAUGGCGGCUUCAGGACCAGUUGAAGACAAAAGAGGAGGAAGUAAAGAGUCAGUCAGCAUAUUUCGAGCACUACAAACAAAAGCAGAACCAGAAGACAGCAGUGUUGAGAGAACGGGAGUUGUCCCUUCAGGGUCAUGUGUCCAGACUAGAAAAGGAAGUCCUAGAUCUCAAUGCCACUACAGCUUUUCUGUUCUCUGAGCUAGGAGAGGGAACUGUACAAUAUCUCCGAUGCAAACUGGAAGCUGUAUUCAAUGGAAUUCAGGGGUCUUUGCACUUUGAUGUGAAUAUAACUAAAAUAAAAACUCUCAUUGAAGAUGUGGAUCAUUACAUGAAAAGCCACCUACAGACACUGCAGCAAAAUCUGAAGAGGUUACAGGAAAAAGAAGAAGGUAAUAAUAGAGACCAAGCAAACCUACUAACUAAACUUCAGCACUCCCAGGACAACGAAGACUUCUUGACAAGGAAAUUAGAGGAAUCUUGCUGUCGUGUUUAUGAUCUGAAAUUGUCUGAGAUCAGCCUUCAGGAACGAGUGGAAGAACUUAUGGAAGAAAACAGCACUUUAAAGGACAAAUUGGGAGCAAAGUUACCAGAAGAAGGAGAAAAGGAGCUAUUGCCUUCAGGAAUGGAAAAUGGAGAAAAUAAAGCUGUAAGUGGUAACUGGGAUGAGCAGCUAAAUCUGAAGAGGGAGGCAGUCUUGGAUCCAGUCAGAAACAAAGCUAGUCAAACUCCAUCUUUUCUACAACAUACCAAACAGUCUCAUACAACAGCAAAGAUAGCAUCAGAAUGUGGCUAUAGCUGGCUUAAUAAUGUGGAGGGGCUGCCAAAGGAACUUCCCGUACCAUUUUUGGAGCACAGCUCCAGUGCCUUGGUGGAAAUUGUUGAAGAAUCCAGGCUAGCUGACGCUGAACAGGUCGUACUUGGUGCACAAAGAUCAGAUGGUGCUUCUCUGUUGUUUGGAUGUACUCCAAGACAGCUUAAAAACAGACAGCUAAUCUUAUCUUGCUCUGAGAGGCUAAGCAAUGAUGGGAGAAGUAAGGGGACCAAAGAAAAAGAAUAUUUCUUUCUCUUAAAGGAACAAGCUAUAAAUCAACCAGCUAAUCAUUCGCCUGUCUUCACAGUUGCCACUUUGAUUGAGCCUCAGUUUGUCUUGCUAGAACCUGAAAUCCAUAAGGUCCUAGGUGUCAGAUCAGAAUCUGUUUUCCCAGUGAACAAAAUGCUGAAUUUGAAUUACAACCAGACAUAUCACAAUAACUUUUGUCUUUCUAAUGGUGUCUUGCAUGUUGUGAAAGGCUUUUCUUCUGGUAAAGAUUCUGAAGCUCUAAAGGAAAAGGUUGCUAACACUGAGACUGAAAUUUUCAAACUCCAGGUUGAAAAAGAUUAUAUGGAAAAAUGUUUGCAAAAUAAAAAAGCUAUACAGAAAAGCACAGAUGAAAAGAAAAACUCAAAUAAAGAAAUAAAUGAUGGAAAAAAUCAAAGUACAAAUGGUCCUGAGAAAUCUCAGCAAGAAGAAAAAAGGGAUGAGAAAGCACAAAUCAGAACAAUAACUUGCAUUUCUGAAAAAGCCAACAAAGUUGCACAUGAUGAAACUGGGGAGCAAGAAGCAGAACCAAAAUUUCAUAUAGCAAGCAUUCCAGGUGAGCAAAACAUGUCUGUCCUACACAAGGAAUUAGAGGGAUAUCCCCAAGAGAACUCUGAAGUUAAGGAUGAACAUGGAAAACAUUUAGCCAUCUGUACCUUUGAUGAAGUGAACAGAAGAUGCCUAGAAAAGAACAUUUUUGUGACAGAAGAGAAGGGUAAACAACCCGAGAAUCUAACUGACCAAAUAAAAGUGUGUCUACAAAAAAGGGUUGAACUGAAAGAAAAGAGAGAGCAAUGUCUGAAACUGUAUGAACGAGAAGAUGAGGAUAAGUCAUCAUGCAAACAAAUGACUGAUCAGAUAGAGGAAUAUAGUAAAUGCGCUCAAAAACUGUCUGCACUGAAGGAAGAUAAGUAUAUGUAUCCACUGAAUAUAUUGUCUCCUGCACAAGAGAGAAAUUUAUACUUAAACAAAGGGUUAGCACUAGAGGAAGAAUAUUCUGAACAUGUUCAUUAUAUAUCAGCAGCAGAAGAAGAAAACAAUGGGUAUACCGUGGAAAUAGAUAAGUUAGAGAAGUUAGAGGAUAUAUAUUCUCAAAGAAUAUCUGCACUGAUGAAAGAGAAUGGGAGUUACUCACAGAAGCUCCUUAUGUUACAGGAAGAGAAUGAUAGAUAUUAUCAGAAGAUGUGUGCACUAGAAGAGGAGAUAGAUGCAUAUUCUCAACACAUAUUAACAGUACAUGAAAUUGAUGUGGAUUCUUCCCAAAAGUUAUUAGCCAAGGAGGAAAUAUAUGGUAAAUGUUAUAACAGUGUUUCAAAAGAAAAGAAUUUUAGGUGCCCAGGAGCGAUUUGUGUUCUCUUGGGUAAGACUGAAAUCCUUUCCAAGAACGUCUCUCACCUGGUUAAAGAGGAAGAUAGAAAUUCUGAAAAAGAAAUACCAGUGAUGGAAUCAAAUAAAUUUCUCAAGAAAAUUGUAGCUCUUGAUGAAAAGAAGAUUAAAUAUUUCCAGCUGCUUUCUGGUCUCAAAGAGGAGAGAAAUAGCUUUUUCAGAGAAAUAGCUAAACUAUUACAAGACAAAGAAAAAUAUAUAAAAAAAUCUCAUGAACUGGAAGAAGAGAGAGAGAGAAAUUUACAGAUAAUAUCUCAACUAGAAGGAGACAGAGAAACUUUAUUGGGAAGUUUGAGUGAGCUGAAAUGUGAACAAGAUAAAUAUAUGACAAUGAUUUCUGAAUUGAAUGAGUGCAAAACCAAAUGCUACCAAACAAUUUCUGAUCUACAAGAGGAAAAACAUAUACUAAAAAGUGAUAUGGAUGGAGUCCAUAGGGAAAGUUCUGAACAGCUUCUAGAAUCUCAGAAAGUAAUUGAGAACCUUCUUCAAGAAAACAAUGAAUUGAAGGAAAUAAUGUCUGCUCUUGGAAUCAACUAUGAAGAGCUGAUAAAAGAUAAAAUUUCCGGAAUAGAAGGAAAGUUGCUAAGAUUGAAGCAAGAAAAUAAGAGUCUAUCACAUAGAAUGCAAGCAAAGGAAACAGAGAUGGCUUCUGGUAAAAUACAUACUAAAGAAAAAGGAAUUCAAGUUAUAGAACACUCAAACUAUCUCACUAGAAAAGAUAAAGACACCUGUUUGGAAGAGGAUAUUGGUAGCAUUAAAGGAUAUUGUCAAGUGGAGUGUUCUAAAAACACUGAGACUUCUAAAUGCCAUUUUAGUAAUGUUGGGAUAAGUUCAUUUUUGGGUGAUCAAAACAUUAUGAUCUCCAGGGUGCCCCAAAAGACUUCUGAGAGACCAAAGGUGACAAAGUUAGACUUUGAAACAGAAGACAAAAUAUCAAGCAACAGUUUUUCUGAAUGUUGUGGUAAAGUGCUGCAGAAUAUGGAACUUGAGUCUGCAAAGGGCAGCACAUCUGAAAGCUACAGUGCAAUGCAAGAACAACUGGAAAGGUCAAAGGAAGAACUAAAAAUACAACAAGGGGAAUUAGAAAAGGCCAAAAAAGAGGCUCAGAAGUGGUACCGAGAGCUUGGCUUUGUAGAAGCAAGAUAUGAAGAGGUCAGAACUCAGUUGACACAGACACUCUCUGAAUUACAUCAACUUAAACUAGCAGAUGGCGGGGAAAGGCUUAGAAAGCAGUGCUGCCAAUUAAUGAAGGAAGCCGAAGAACUAAAAGAGGAUAGGAUAGCCAAUAAGAGAUUAGAACAGCAAGUGCUGACCCUGAAAUCCCAACUAAGGGACCAGACUGUAUUACAAAGUCAGUUUCAAGACUUGCAAAACCAAGUGGAAUGCCUUCAGGCUCAGCUGCGUGAAAAGACUGAGGAACUUCAGAAAAGAAAGACUGAAACUGACCUGACAGUAGCUCCGCUCAAGGCUAAGCUGGCUUGCCUUGUCCGGAAAUGCCAUGAAAGAAACAGCUUGAUUACCCAGCUGGUCAGGGAAUUUCACAGGCAUGGAAUUAUGGAUUCCAUUUUCAGUGAAGAGGCAAAGAAUUUGGUGAAUGACAUGGCGCUUGCAGAGUACACUACCUCCUUUACAUCUGUACGCCAUCGAGAGAGACGAUCCCAGCAAUUUGUAAUACCUGAGAAGAGAGCACACAGACCAGCGUCACAGACUCUUAUGCCUGCUGGGGAAAACAGUGAUUUGCAUUUGAGUGGGUCAUUGCAUUCUAGAACCUGCACCGCUACUGCCGGCUUUCAUCUGUCACCAGAGAUGCCUCAAACUGUGCUUCCUGUAUUACUGCAUCCUGUUGUAGACACUUCACAGGUCAAUGGACAGCCAAAUAAUCACGGGACCUACCAGGCAGAAGUGAAUGAGAAGGCGAGGCCAGUUCCUGCAAGCUUUCUACAGAAGCCAGAUGACAUCUGCUGUGCUCACACAACUCAAAACAAGUGCACUACUUCUCCUUUAAAAUUAACAUGCCCAGAGAGGAUCAUAGCCUUGCAUCGAGAGCUUAGACAAAACCAUCGCAGUAAUUACCAGAUACCUUCAUUUGCCUCUUCCAAUUCAAAACUGAAAGCAGAUUGCAAUUUGUCCUCUGUCUGUCAUCCAGCCCAAGAUGUGACUUCCCAGCCUGUAGUGUCAAAAAUGAACAAUUCACUGAAACUUUCAGACAGGAGCUCUUUCCAUCUCAUAAAUGGGAGGUACCAGUUGUCUAAAUUUGAUGACGUAUUCCAGAGUCAUACAGGAAAUCAGCAUGCAGGUGCUGUUCUCCAGGGAAGGAGAAAGAAAAAUGUCAUUAUGAAUAACACAUGGAUCUCGGGAGAAAAACCAGAUGGCUCAACCUCAGCUACCACAGCAAAAAGCUAUUUGUCAGAUGUGUUGUCAGCAAGUAAUAAAGGUCAAAAUCCUACUGGGGAGAAAUCAGCUGCACUGGAAAGAGUAAAAGCCUCAGAAAUAAAACAAGGACCUCCUGCUCCAGUUGGUUCGGUCUAUAUUAUUAAAGCAGUGGGAAAAAGCAGCAUGAUGAUUGGCUGGGAGAGACCUGUAGUAGAUGAAUUAGGAUGUAGCAAUGGAACUUUCAUUACAGGAUACAGGAUAUAUACAGAUGGGGAAUUUCACAAAUCUGUUAUGAGUUCAGCCUGCACUAAGACUAUUUUAGAAAAUCUGGAUCUUUCUGUGCCAUUUCAAAUCAGCGUUCAGACCGUUGGUUCUUCUGGUUUGGUUUCUGAGAAGAUGAAUGUUCAAUUUAGUUGUCCUUUAACAAAAAAGGAAGCUUCAUCAUUUGCCUCUAGUGAUUACCCUGAAGACGAAAAGCCUGAUGCCAGCUCCCAUGAGGUAGCAGCAACUGCAUCUGUGUUAUCAAUGGAAAGUCUUAUCCUCUGGUCAUUUCUGACUGAAUACAUUUUACUAUCCUCAUGACAAACACCUGUUUACAACUUAUGCAUGUUUGUGUUUUAAUCAAUAGGCACUUGUAAUACCAAAGAACCUGUGGGCUAUCAGUAAUACACUGUACAUCAAAGUAGUCCUACAUAAAUGAAAAGUAUUUUUCUGCUACAUUUUUAGUGAAGCAUAUGAUGGCUGUUCAUUAAUAUGUACCUUGCAUGCACACAUUAGAGUUUCAUUGUCUGAGAAAAGGAAAUUCGUAAUGUAACUGUGGAUAGAGGUGCUGCUGGAGCACAGUUGCCAACUGUCAUGUGGUAAAUAAGAACCCCAACUUUCAGAAUAAGCCAAAAAUAAGCUAAUCCCUUUUCAAAACAAGGCCAAAACUAGCCAAUCCCUAAGAACCCCAACA